UCUACUUGGACGGCUGGUGGUUGUCCUCUCAUAUUCGUCUUUUUUAUUUUUUUUUUCUAAUAUUGUAUGUAUGUAUUCCUACUGGUUUCAAAUGAUGAUGCCGCUAAUCCUCGAUACAACCGUCCCAAGGUGGGACUGAAGAGGUGUCGAAGAUCGAUUAUUUGUAUUUC